CAGUGGAUAUAGAAGUAAAGUGGUAACAUUUGCGUGCCUUUUGAAGAUAAACUAACAAUUCAUCGACUAAUCAUAAAUUGAUCAGAGAAUAUACGAUAAUUUCUAAACACGAUUUGAAACCAAAGUCGAAACAUUCAUCGAUAAUUUUCUCCAUUUGCUGUCAAUGUUAGAUUCGCCGUUCUUUGAAAAACAGCUGAUAGAAGGGAUAAAUAAAAUAAUCUGACAGAUAUACUUCGCAUUACCGGCGACACAAUAUUCUUAUGUUUAUUAGUACGUAAUAUUGUAAUUAGGAAAAGUGAAAACACUUAUAUUGAAAUGUUAAAGUUUUUACAAGUCAAAGAUCAAUGCAUUCGAGUCUUGCCAAAACUUUGGUUUAACACAAGUGGACAGGAUUUUCAAAACGUUUAUUAUUGCACGAACCACAUCAAUCGAGAUGACUUACCGCUUUCGACCGUGGCCAUCAAUGACUUAAAUAAAGUAAAAAGUGCUACCGCGUUGUGGAAUAAAGAAGAGCUUUUCCGUCAGAUCAACGAGUUAAUAACAUGCUGUCGGGAUGACUUUGACCGGCUUUACAAAGUUAACAAACGCAUUUUGAAAGCGGUUCCAUCGAAAAUGCUCACAAAUAACAUUCAACUUUUACUAGAACACGGGAUUGAACAGCAGAUGAUUCUAAACUAUUCCAAAAUUUUGUCAAUAAGAACAGACGAUCUUUCAAAAAAACUAUUGCUUCUGAGGCAUUUUAAAGAUCUCAAAGAUAUAAACCACUUGGUUCCAUUUCUGAACAUACAGCUCAACGCAUUAGAAAGAGUUGUAGAGAUUUCCCAGAGUGAAGCGAUCGAAUAUGGGAAUCGUUUAUACUACCUACAAGCCAGAACUGGACAAGAUGUCUGUACAAUCGCUCGCUAUCUGGCUACUAGUAUCAGUGUGUACAAGAUAAACCUGGAUAAGUUUCAAUUAAACCUCGACUAUUGCCUUCAACACUUGGAACCGGCGGACGUGGUGAGGCAUUUAUCUGUUCUGAAUUAUGCUAGCUCAUCAAUUGUGGAACGAUUGCAAAUGUUGAAGACCUUUCCUUUCACCAAGGUGAAACCAUGGAUGGUAAGGGUACCAAACAUAGCACUAGAGAAAACAUUCGACAAAGUUUUGCAACAAGGUACUGAUCCAACUUUCAACAAUCCCCUUUCUGCUGUUUGGUUUGAGAAUCAUGUCUUACAAAAAUUGAAAAGUCAAUUCGAUUUUACCGAAGAUGAAGCAAAAGAAAUCUACGAAAUUUGCAAGGAUGCCGCUUCAUUGCUAGACAACAUUGAACAACUGCAGCAGAAUGGCGUUAGUAAAGCGACAAUCCUGGAAAGUCCUUUGGUGCUAGUCGCCACGAGAGAAGAUCUUGCUUUGAAAAUAAAACAUUUAUCCAACUUGAACGGAUUACGAGAUUUGAAUGAUGUUGUUCCUCUCUUUCUGUUGAAACCUUUUCAAGUUAUAAAAAUUGUACGUUAUAUGAACAACGAAAAAUUUCCGAACGCAAGUAAUCGAAUAUAUCAUUUUGCGGAUCGUUUUGAAAUAAAUCCAAAGAAAGUGGCUCAGCAAUUUGCACGACGGUUAUUCAUGUUUCGCAUUCCAAAAAAGAACUUCAUCGAAAAUCUAGAGCUGUUUGCAACCUACAUGAAUUGUGAAGAUGUGCUUGCUGACUUAUGGGCAUUCAAGUACUCACCGAAGGUAGUGGAAGAUAGAAUCAACCGGGCUGGAGCUGUUAGAGGUAAAAAAUUGAUGCCUUGGAUGAUUCGCUGCCCGGAGGCAGUGUUGGAGAAGUCACUUCAGCUAACAAAAGAUAAUCAUGCACUUUUGGGCGAUAAUGAAACCAUUUUUGAAUAUUUGCAAGAGCGUUUAGGUUUCGACAGCGAAGUUACAAACGCGAUCAUUAUGAAGACGCCUGCGGUGAAACAUGUCCGUAUAACGAAGGUAAAAAAAAUAAUCGACUAUCUCUUGGAAGAGUUAGACUACACACCGUACGACAUUGCAACGAACAUGCGGAUUCUGAUGCACAGUCUGGAGACCACCAAAAAAAGGAUGGAACAGCUCAAGGAAAUUGGAUGCCGCCCACAAUCGUUGAUUAUUGUUUGUAAAAGUAAACUUCAGUAUGACUCAUUUGUAAAGGAGUGGGUGGAGUCGAAACAAAAACAGAAAGCAUACGGGACCUACACUAGUAUCUAAGUUUGAACUGCUCCUAGUUUCUAAUUAAAUGAUUAAACAUG